AAAUCACUUCCGGAGCAGCAUGGCGGCCACUGAGGACGAGCGGCUGGGGGGCGGCGAGGGAGAGAGAUUAGACUUCUUACGGGACCGACACGUGCGGUUUUUCCAGCGCUGCCUUCAGGUCCUGCCAGAGCGCUAUUCUUCGCUGGAGACCAGCAGGUUGACAAUUGCGUUUUUUGCACUCUCUGGGCUAGAUAUGUUGGAUUCCUUAGAUGUGGUGAACAAAGAUGAUAUAAUAGAAUGGAUUUACUCCCUGCAGGUUCUUCCCACAGAAGACAGAUCAAAUCUAAAUCGCUGUGGUUUCCGAGGCUCUUCAUAUCUGGGUAUUCCAUUCAAUCCAUCAAAGACGCCUGGAACAGCUCAUCCAUAUGAUAGUGGCCACAUAGCAAUGACCUACACUGGCCUCUCGUGUUUAGUUAUUCUUGGAGAUGACUUAAGCCGAGUAGAUAAAGAAGCUUGCUUAGCAGGUUUGAGAGCCCUUCAGCUGGAAGAUGGAAGUUUUUGUGCAGUACCUGAAGGCAGUGAAAAUGACAUGCGAUUUGUGUACUGUGCCUCCUGUAUUUGCUAUAUGCUCAACAACUGGUCAGGCAUGGAUAUGGAAAAAGCAAUCAACUAUAUUAGAAGAAGUAUGUCCUAUGACAAUGGGCUGGCACAGGGAGCUGGACUUGAAUCUCAUGGAGGCUCUACCUUUUGUGGCAUUGCGUCACUAUGCCUGAUGGGUAAACUAGAAGAAGUUUUUUCAGAAAAAGAACUGAACAGAAUAAAGAGAUGGUGUAUAAUGAGACAACAGAAUGGUUAUCAUGGACGACCUAAUAAGCCAGUGGACACCUGUUACUCUUUCUGGGUGGGAGCAACUCUGAAGCUUCUGAAAAUUUUCCAAUAUACUAACUUUGAGAAAAACAGAAAUUACAUUUUAUCAACUCAAGAUCGCCUUGUAGGAGGUUUUGCUAAAUGGCCAGAUAGUCAUCCAGAUGCUUUGCAUGCAUACUUUGGGAUCUGUGGCCUAUCACUAAUGGAGGAAAGUGGGAUUUGUAAAGUCCAUCCUGCUCUGAAUGUAAGCACACGAACUUCUGAACGCCUUCGAGAUCUCCAUCAAAGCUGGCAAACCAAGGACUCCAAACAAAGCUCAGCGAAUGUCCACAUCUCCAAAUGACUGACUUUAGAUGGGGUAGGGGGGGAUGGUAGCAUAACUGUAGCUCAAGGUUAAAAGCCAUGUAUAAUCAAGUGUGCUCUGUUUUUUUUUAAAGGAUAGAGUUACAAUCAAAGCUUGUAUUGAUACCACUUGAUAUGGUCUUGAGCCAAUAACCUUUACACUAGGUUUCAAGAAAAUCUUUGUGAAAUUUGAACCACGGUGGAUUCUGUUGUGGUUCGAACUGUUUAUAUUGUAUUUCUAAGAAGUUCUUUGAGGAAAACAAAACUAUAUAUGUAGGUUAUCUUUUUUUAAAACUCAGUACAAAUCAUAUCUUAUAAAAUGAACACAAAUCUUCACGUUUACACCUCAUAAAACAUUGUUAAUCUUCAGGUGAGCACUUAGAGUUCACCUAAAAAUCUUGACUCUUGAUGGUAAAAAUUUGCUUUAAUGACUUAAUUAUGUAGGAUUAUUCUUUGAAAACAGAUGAUCUUAUAAUGUUCUUAAAGAGGAAUGGCUUAUGCUUAACUGUGCCAAUUAAAUUAGUGUGGCCUCUAUAAAUGAAGGUAAUAACUUCAUAGGAAGAAUAAAUAGGCUUAACUAAUAUAAUUUUCUAGAGAGAUUGUUUUAAGAAGACUUAGGUAACAUAGGAGCAAGUAACUGUAGGUGAUACUAAGAAUGAGAAAGUUUCAUGACGUGAAUGUCUUUAUUUAGACAUUGCUGGGUAAAUAUCAGCUAACUUUAAAAUCUCAAUCUUGAGUUGCCUUUUGUGGAGACAGAAGUGAGUGUUAUCUAGAAGGAAAGACAUUGGGUGUUUUUAUUUUUCUGAGAUUUUGAUACUAUAAAUGUACUUUUAUAACUGAGUUAUUUUUAGGCAUUUGGACUUUCUCUUCUUUCUAGUUCAUUGCUACCAGUUUGUCAGCCACUCUAAUUUCAGACUAUUGGAUUGAGCAUCCCUAGUACAAAAUCUGAAAAGAUCAGAAUCCAAAUUUUGGCACUACAGGUAGAAAAUUCCACAUCUGAUCUCAUGUGACAUACCACAAUCAAAAUAGAGGGGCUCUAAAUGUAUUACAGAAAAUUGCCUUCAGCUAUUCGUGUAACUAAUGAGUGAAGCAUGAGUUCAUUUUGUAUUUAGACUUGGUUUUCAUAUACAGGUUGUAUGUAUAAGCAAGUAUUUGAAAAUUUUAAGUUCAAAAUCUGAAACAUUUCUGAAAUGCUCCCACACAUUUUGAAUAAGGGAUACUCAAUCUAUAAUAAUUGUAUAAUUUUUUUCAAAUUAAGUAAGUAACAAUAUGUAAAUACAAAAUCAGAGUCAAUGAGGUAAAUUCAGUGAUACAGCUCCAUACACAGUCAUUUAUAUUUUUCUAAUAUUUCCAGAUCAGUGGAAGGAAGUGUAAUUUUUCAAGAGGGUAAGAACUAGGGUUUCACUUUGCUUACUGGCUUGUUUUUUGGUCUUAAUUCUACAAACUAAUCAUACAGGAGAUGGUAUAAAAACCCGUCACUGGUAACCAGCUUGUCAAUAAAUCACAUGUAACAAGUAGUGGCAUUGAAAGGUUUGAGUGUGGUACUGAAAUGGAGAAGAAAUCUCGCUGAAAGAAGCUGGGUUUAGGUUAAUAAUCUUGGUAAUGAAUCAAAGUUGAAUUAUUUUACAGAUAUCAAUGUAAAAAUUAUUAAUAUCACUAGUUAUAAUAUUUUAAUUUACUUCCUAAAUUAGAGGGAUAAUAUCCUAAAAUAAUCAUUCUUCCCAAGGGAAAUCCAGUAUGCACUUAGAAAAAUACUUGUUAUUGACAUGCUUAGUUUUAAAACUGAAUUGCAGAGACUACUAUUUUUUAAUGUUUAAUUUUUAAAAAAUAUUAAUAGGGCUGGGAUGAAGCUCAGUGGUAGAGCACUUA